UAACCAGAGCACCAGCUUGUUAGCAGGCACAACAUCUCUGAAGGAAAACCAUCCUGAGGUGCGAUCCCAGACGCAAGUGGACUGGGGGUAAAAUAGAACAAGAAGCUCUUUUUUAAAAAGGGGUCCCAGGAAAGGAGCUUUUUCUUCCUUCAGUGGAGUCAGCAAUAUUGUUUGGAAACAUGUGUUGUGGAGGAUGUGCCAAGUGCCUCGGAGUUACUCUUCUCCCUCUGGCUGUCCUGUGCACCAUUGCCAAUAUUUUGUUGUUUUUCCCUGGAGGAGAAAUCAUAGAUUCUGACCAUAUUACAGAUGAGGUCUGGUACUUUGGAGGUAUCCUGGGUUCUGGUGUACUGAUGGUGUUUCCUGCCUUGGUCUUUUUGGGUCUUAAGAAUAAUGAUUGCUGUGGAUGCUGCGGCAAUGAAGGCUGUGGAAAGAGGUUUGCAAUGUUUACUUCUAUAAUAUUUGCUGCAAUAGGAGUUGUGGGUGCUGGAUAUAACUUCAUCGUUUCGGCAGUUGCUUUGAACAAAGGACCCAAAUGCCAGUUUCUGAACAGCACUACAAAUACAUGGGGUUAUCCAUUUCAUAAUGGGAAUUACCUGGGUGAGUCUGCCAUGUGGGACACAUGUGAGUCACCAAAGUCCAUCGUGAGCUGGAAUCUGACGCUUUUUUCUCUGCUGCUCAUCAUGGGCGGAGUUCAAAUGGUGCUUUGUGCCAUUCAAGCUAUCAAUGGACUCUUUGGAACUCUCUGUGGGGACUGCAAAUGUGGAUGCUGUGGGGGAGAUGGACCAGUUUAGUGCAAAUGGAGUCUGAUGAAGUCACCUAUGACCACCAUGAAAAUGACCUUCCAAACAUUUCUUUUGAAACUAUGGGCCAAGCACGUUCCAUCAUGAAGCAGAAUGAAGGGGUCCUUCCCUAUUGUUUAAAAGGAACUCUGACUGCUUUUGCCUUCCCGUUGACUUUUCACAUCUUCUAAUGACUUUAGCAGCUGUUUGGAUUAGAGUAUAUUUAUUUUUGUAAUUGGUGUUUUCUCCAAAUUUUGAGGGACUAGGAAAGCACUGUGCCUCCUUCCCUUACCAAUUCACUUUUCUAGAUUGGGGGCUAAGGGGAGAAAACACUGUAUUGUCAUGAAUGGGAAGAGGGAACUUAAUCCCCAGCAGGAUGAAUGAAUUUGCAUUUGCACUGACUUGCACAUUUUUGAGAACACACAGAGACACACAGACACACGAGGGAUCCUGCUUCUGUUCCUUAACCAAGUUGCUUUCCAUCUCAGUUGCCAAUGUUUUUCUGCCUGGUACCUAUUUCCUUCUAGGCUGCUGUUGAGCAGCCUGGUCAUGCUCAUAAGUAACCUCUCCAGGAAUAGACUAAUUCAGGCUGCCAUGCAUGCACAGAAACAGAAGUAAAGAAGGCAUAGCUUUCCCCAUCAUUGUGUCUUUGUAGUGCAGAAAGAAAGAUCUAUCUGUUGAUUUUUGUUGGCUAUUUCCAACAAGAAUAGCUAAGUUUUGAUCUUAUUAUAGUGGGAAAGCAAAAGCAAAGCAUGUUGGUUAUAUACGUCCCCAUUGCACUAUCUGGGUGGUUUACAAAUGAGUGAUGCAGACUAUAUGUUUGCCCCCUCAAUCUCAGAGAGCUGGGUACUCAGUUUAUCAACCUUGGAAGGAUGGAAGGCUGAGUUCACGUUGAAUCAGCUACCUGAGCCUGCAAGGUCCUGAGCAGUCUUGUCUGCAGUAUUGCAGUUUUACCACUGUACCACAAGGAGCUGGCCUUAUGUACAGCUUUAAAAUGGUAAAAACCCCUCAGGGUCUCUCACUCUUCAUCUUCUCCAGGUUGGGAAGAGAACAUUCCCCAAUCCAGUGCUCCCUGGAUGCAUUGGACAGAAGUUCCCCAACAACUGGCUAUGUACAAUGAGAGUUGUAGUCUAAACACAUCUAAAAGAUGCAGGGCCAUAGUCUUGGGUUGCGAAUGAUUAUACAGUACAGUGGUGCCUCGCUUGAUGACAUUAAUUCGUUCCAGCGAAAUCGCUGUAGAGCAAAAAUGUCGUCAAACAAAAUAAAAAAACCCAUUGAAACGCACUGAAAACCGUUCAAUGCAUUCCAAUGGGCUGUACAUAACUCUCUCCAUCAUCAUAUGCUAUGAAAUGUAAAAUAUUGUCUCUUCUGUGAACUGCCAAGUGGCAACAAGAUACCCCUGAUUUCAGAACGGUUCCAGCAUUUCCUGGCCUAACAUUGCAUAGCCCAUGCUUCUUAACUAGCCCAUCUUCAGCCAGAAGUCAAUUACAUAUCAUUUCAGCCCAAAAGAAACCCAGUGCUUUUAAUCACUACACAUCAAGAGAAUUUCAACAAAGGCAGCUUUUCCAGUCAACUAUGAAACAAGAAGCCUAUGCUUCUGUGCCUUUCCUAUCCCUAACAGACAUCUAUUACAGGCUUUGAAAUGUAUUCAAAGCAACUCCAGUGUGCUCUCCAAGUAUAUGGACUGUAUGAUCUGAACUCACAAAGGUUAGCAGCUUAUAGCUGCCCCUGCUCCUUCAUUUAUCUGCUUGUUUGAGCCUUUCAUGACAAAAAAGCAAAGCUAAAAAAUGUUGGUAAUCCUGGUCAGGCAUCAGGACUCAUGUUUUUUUGUAUAAAUUGUGUGCAGGCAUGGACACAUGCACACACAAAUUAUCUGCUGGUACAACUCCAGGUGCAUUCUAUAUUCUACUCAAGGCUCAUAGAGUGCAAUUCCAUAAGUCUCAAUGUCUUUUCCCAAUGAUUUAUUUGUAUACAUUCUAAUAUUAAAAGGAUUGUACUGUGGGGGAGGAAUCCAUAAAUCAUGAAAGUAU